CUUCAAUAUCAUUGGCCUGCAAUCAACAGCCAACCAACUGCCCCCUCCAAUUCCAUCCCACCUGCAGGCGACUCCUGUUUGAACACACCAAAAGUGACCGCCAGUUGAAUCUCCUUUCUGGAAAGCAUUGUAUCUUGCAGUCAGCUUCAUCGACCAGUUGGCGCAAUUGAGAUUCUUUUUGCUCGCAAAUCUGGUUCAGCUCGAUUGGAUUCUAAGUUAUAGCAAGCAUUCACCAUGGAUCGCAUUAAGGAGAAAAUGAACUCUCUCCGCAUUGAGGCGGAUGAGAAUGCUGCAAAGGCCGAAGAACUUAAGGCCAAAGUCAAACAGUUGGAACAAGAGAACCUUCAGAAAGAGCAAGAGAUCACUUCCCUUACACACCGCAAUGGACUCCUCGAGACCGAAGUCGAGAAACUGGAAACAGCCAUCAAAGAAGCGAAGGCUGCCGCUGGGGAGGCCUCAGAGCACAGCAACCUGAAUGAAAACCUCCAGCGGAAACUCCAGCUCCUUGAAGAGGAAGCCGAAGCUGCCGACAAGACCUUGAGAGAGACCAACGAGAAAUUGCGUCAAACCGAUGUCAAAGCAGGUCACUUCGAGCGCAAAGUCCAGGCCUUGGAACAAGCACGGGAUGAGUGGGAGGCCAAGUACGAGGAGAUGGCUAAGAAGCACGCCGAUCUGCAAAAGGAGUUGCAAGAAUUGGAGCAGAGCAUGGGCAAUAUCUAAUUUGGACCAACGAACAGAGUUGUUGUUGUUGUUGUUGUGAAAGGAUGAUGACCAACGUCUGGCAAGUGGACGGAAGCACGAUGCCUAGACCACGACAUACCUACGAUACCACGGCAUUCGAUAAAGGGCGAGCGUUGACAGUUUGUUGAAAGGAACAGCUUGUAUCAUCCACUUCUUCGUUCUCGCGCCUGCUUUCGAUUUUUGGCCUUCUCCUUUGACCGUGCCGUUUUC